UUUCCCUCUUUCUAUCUUUCACAACAAUAAUGUUGAUAUGGCCUAUGGAGAUUCCAUUACAAUCCCCUUUGAAACUCUAUUUUUACCACCACAAUUCCCUCUCCAUUUUCUUCAGCCAUGACCUAAGAAAAUUUUACAUAGUCCAAUAUAACUAUGCCUUGUUCACAUCAUAAAUCAUAAUUGAUCAUCAUAAUGUAUUCUUCAAACAAUUCUUUUCACAAGGACACAAACAAUAGCAUGAUGAUGAGUAGCAUGAAAUAUAGUGAGAUAUCCCAUUUUGGGCACCCAAAACACAAGCUUAGAUUUGAGUACUCUGAAUUUCCAUUCAAGUGUGAUGGAUGCAAGGAAAUUGGAAUAGGUUCACGUUACAAAUGCUCCAUUUGUGACUAUGAUCUUCACAUGCAAUGUGCCAUGCCUUCCCCAACUCUUUUCCACCCUUUCUAUCCAAAGUGCUCUUUUCAGUUCCUGUCUCGCCCCCCGGGGGACAUCCCCCGUUACUGCAAUGCCUGCGAGAAGGUCGUGGCCGGCUUCCUCUACCAUUGCGUGUCGUGUGGGUUCGACCUUCACCCUUGUUGUGCCAAGCUUCCAAUGCUUCUUGAGGAUGAUGAGGUGAAGCUAUAUCUCUACAAGAAGGUAUCUUCGCCGUGUCACCGCUGCGGCCAAAAGGGGCGGAGCUGGAGUUACAGAUCAAAGUGUAAGAAGUACAACCUGCACGUGGCAUGUGUGAGGGACAUGAUCGUAGAGAGUUGGCAUGAGAUUUACAUAGGACAAAGCAAAGGGAGAAAAAUGGCAGACACAACAGGGAUUCCCACCAUAAAGAACACUCUUCAGGCUGCUCAUAACAACAGCAGUAGGAGCAAAGGGAAGAAGGUCAGGAAGUGCUGCGAGAUAGCUGGGAUGGCGGUGCAGGCAGUUGUAUCCGCCGUCUUGGGAGAUCCAACGGCUCUCAUUGCCGGAAUUGCAGGGUCACUGAUGUCACGCGCUUGAUAAAAGGAUCUCACUCUGUAUGAAUGUGUAAACAACUGAAAUAAGCACAGCAUUUAGUUAAAUUCGUUAUUACCUCUUAAAGAACUACAUAAACCAGUUCAGUGUAUUUCCAUUGUCCAUAAAUGAACUAGAAAUCUUUUCUCAAAA